CCGAGUAGUCGCCGUGCCCUGCAGCCGUGCCAGUGCCUAGCAGGGCGCGGAGAACGGAAACUGCCGUACCCUCUUAAACCAACUUUGGGAGCGGCCAUGCCAUGUGGGGAAGGCAGUGCAGGGUCAGGGUCAAGGGAAAGCACUGCUAGGCGAGUGGAGAGAGAGAGAGAGAGGGGCGCUCACAGACACCGGGGCGUUUUUCCGAAGUGUCCCAAGUAGUUCACUCUGCCUCACCGGUUCCGGCUGGGCCAGACCUGCCGAGCGGCCCCACCUGGCUGCGCCCGACGGAGGCGGCUUUUGAGGCUGGAGUGAGUCAGCCGGUGGAAAAAGAGGGCAAAAGCGCGGCAGGUCUUGCCUCGCAUGUCAGGCAGCUCUCUCUCUUUUUCCCUCCCUGGCGGAGGCGGGGGCAGCCGUUUCUCUCUCUGUGUGUGUGUGUCCGGCUCAGACCCCUCCCUCUCCGGACUGAUCGCUCUGUGUGAGACUCUCCCGGGGACGCCCGGAAACGCCGCCUGGGCCCAAAGGCCGCAACCGCCACCCCAACCGAGCCCCCUUCCCUCAGCCCUCGCCUCCUGCGGCUGCCACGGCGGGCUAAAUGUAGCCCCUGCAAAUCGGGCGGGGAGGUUUGCAGAAACAUGGCGGAUCUGUCGCUGCUCCAGGAGGACCUGCAGGAGGAGAUAGACGGAUUUGGUGUGGAUGACUACAGCUCAGAGUCUGAUGUGAUUAUUAUACCUUCAGCCCUGGACUUUGUCUCACAAGAUGAAAUGUUGACUCCUCUGGGAAGAUUGGACAAGUACGCUGCAAGCGAGAAUAUUUUUAACAGGCAAAUGGUGGCUCGAAGUUUGUUGGACACUUUGAAAGAAGUGAGUGAUGAUGAGAGAGAUUGUAUUGCUGUACUGGAAAGAGUCAGCAGGCUAGCUGAUGAUUCAGAGCCAACAGUACGAGCUGAAUUGAUGGAACAGGUGCCUCAUAUAGCUAUGUUUUGUCAAGAAAACAGGCCUUCAAUCCCUUACGCUUUUUCAAAAUAUUUAUUGCCUAUUGUGGUGAGAUAUCUUGCAGACCAGAACAACCAGGUGAGAAAAACAAGCCAGGCAGCAUUACUUGUUCUUUUAGAGCAAGAACUUAUUGAACGAUAUGAUGUGGAGGCCAAAGUAUGCCCAGUUCUUGUAGAGCUGACGGCUCCAGACAGCAAUGAUGAUGUGAAGACAGAGGCUGUGGCAAUAAUGUGCAAAAUGGCCUCUAUGGUAGGAAAGGACAUUACAGAGAGGCUCAUUCUUCCCAGGUUUUGUGAGAUGUGCUGUGACUGCAGAAUGUUUCAUGUUCGUAAGGUUUGUGCAGCCAACUUUGGUGACAUCUGUAGUGUAGUUGGACAGCAAGCCACUGAAGAAAUGCUGCUUCCUAGAUUUUUUCAGCUUUGUUCUGAUAAUGUUUGGGGUGUGCGGAAGGCUUGUGCUGAAUGUUUUAUGGCUGUUUCAUGUGCCACAUCACAGGAGGUCCGGCGAACAAAAUUAUCAACACUUUUUAUUAACCUUAUCAGUGACCCUUCACGAUGGGUUCGCCAAGCUGCCUUUCAAUCCCUGGGGCCUUUUAUAUCAACGUUCGCUAAUCCAUCCAGCAGUGGUCAAUUUUUUAAAGAAGAAGAAUGUAAAAACACUGAGGAUCGGAACCUUGCAGAGGAACAUAGCAAUGAAAGAAUUGUAGCUACAGAAGAUAUCCCAACACAUGAUGUACAAAGCCAGACAGAGUUGCCUUUAGUUGCUGAUGAGAGUGAUUUUGCAGAGACCCUUGAAAAUGACAAGGAAGAGAGUAACUUCAUGUUGGUUCAUUCCCUGCCUGAGACAAUGUUUCAUUGCACUUCGUCUUCAGAAUCAUGUCAAGAAGCAGCAAAUAAGAACGAACAAAGUUUUGAUUGCUGUAGUAUAGCAGUAUUGCCAGCACCUGCACCGAGUUCCCAGGAAAAACCCCUUUCUGAUCAGGAGCUAUAUAACUCAUUCAAUUUCUGGAGGACUCCACUUCCCAAGAUAGAUAUUGAUUUAGAACUUCAAGAAACUGCAGAAACACUUGAUUCAGAAACUCAGGAAGGAGAGCAGGAAGUUGUUGCAUCAGCUUCUUCAAACGUUACCAUGGCUACAAGGAAGGAGUUGGAAGAAAUGAUAGAAAAUUUGGAGCCUCAUAUAGAUGAUCCAGAUGUUAAAGCACAAGUGGAGGUGCUCUCUGCUGCCCUUCGAGCCUCAAGCCUGGACCCCCAGGAGGAAACGACAGCAGGCAUUGGCAAGUCAGUGGAUUCUCAGAAUGAGCUGAGCAUCAAAGAUCACCUGAGCUUUACAUCCAUUCAGGAUGACCCAGUGCCUUUAAUCAAUGAUACUGCUGAGGACAUUGUAGAAUCUGCUCUGCGUUAUAUUCAUAAUGAUUCCGACUUUAGCACUAAUAGUAGUUUCAGCCCUGAAGAAGAAAAAAAAUCUAAAAUUCAGGACAUUGUACCUCAGGCCUUGCUGGACCAGUAUUUAUCCAUGACUGAUCCCUCUCGAGCUCAGACUGUUGAUACAGAGAUUGCAAAGCACUGUGCCUACAGCCUUCCAGGUGUGGCACUUACCUUAGGGAGACAGAACUGGCACUGUCUGAAAGAUACUUAUGAGACGUUAGCCUCUGACAUGCAGUGGAAAGUUCGAAGAACGUUGGCAUUCUCUAUACAUGAACUUGCAGUCAUUCUUGGAGACCAGCUUACUGCUGGUGAUCUGGUUCCAGUCUUCAAUGGCUUCUUAAAGGACCUUGAUGAAGUCAGAAUUGGUGUGCUUAAGCAUCUGCAUGAUUUUCUGAAGCUUCUUCACCCUGAUAAAAGGCGGGAAUAUCUUUACCAGCUUCAGGAAUUCUUAGUCACCGAUAACAGCAGGAACUGGCGUUUCCGAGCAGAACUUGCUGAGCAGCUGAUCUUGCUUCUAGAUCUGUAUAGUGCCAGAGACAUAUACGAUUACCUACGACCUAUUGCUCUCAGUCUUUGUGCAGACAAGGUUUCCUCUGUUCGUUGGAUUUCCUUCAAACUGGUUAGUGAAAUGGUAAAGAAGCUGUAUAGUGCUCCACCGCCAACAUUUGUGGUCGAUCUCAUGAAUGAACUGGUUGAAACGUUCUGCAGGUGCCAAAAGUGGUCUGGCAGGCAAACGUUCGCCUUUAUUUGCCAGACUAUCAUAGAAGAUGACUGCCUGCCAAUGGAUCAGUUUGCUGAGCAUCUAUUGCCCCAUUUACUGCUCUUGGCCUCAGAUAGAGUUCCAAACGUUCGAGUCCUACUUGCAAAAACAUUAAGGCAAACGCUUCUAGAGAAAGAAUAUUUUUUAACAUGUGUCAGUGCUCACCAAGAAGCAGUGGAGCAGACAAUUGUGGCCCUCCAAAUGGAUAAUGAUAAUGACGUAAAAUACUUUGCAAGCAUCCACCCUGCCAGUACCAAAAUUGCAGAUGAUGCCAUGAGCACAGCCUCUUCAACUUACUAAAAGUAGUCCCUGAAUGUUGCUAUAAUUUUAAUUAAAAAACAAACAAACCAAAAACAUUACGAAAUCGCAGGGCAAUCCUCAAGUGCUCCUAAAAUGGAUGAGUGAAACCUCUUUUUUUUCCCAUGGAGGAAGGAAUUUCUUGCCAGACUUUUAACUUCAGUUGGAUGUUAUCUAAACCUGAGACCAAGGAUUUUAAGAGUCAAGGAAAAAUAAAAAUAAACAUUACCUGUUGAAUCUUGACUUUAGAACAACUUUGCUCAGAGGAUUGUAUUUGCCACCAGAGCCUUAAAUCUUCUGUCUUCCUGAAUAUGUGAAACUUGAAUUGGCUGAGCAUUUUCAGUGUAGAAGGGAUGUGAUUUCCAGAGACCGGCAUUUGUUUUCUCCUGAGGAGUUAAUGUAACAAGCUUUCCCCCUCUUAGGAACUGAUAGCUGAAAUUCUCAUACCCUAUAAAGGCAGAUUUGUACCAAGAAGCAAGAGACACCUCCAGUAUUAGCUAUUAAAAGUUUUUAUCCUUGAAAAGACUUAAUUUGUAUGCAGCUGGGCACCUCCUUAAGUGUGAAUAGUUUUGAUGUGUGUAAAAGAGGGAAAAGUAGAGAUUUGGUGUUUGUUUUCUCCCCUUAAGGGCUCAGUGCUAACACUAACAAAAAUUUGAUUGUAAACCUUUAAACACAGCAUAUUGCUGUACUCAUUAGCAGAAAACUCCACUGAGUACCUGUGUCCUAAUGUGUUUUUCAUGCUGGUCAUGACCUGAAGGAAACCUGUUAGCACAUGUACUUCACAUCAGGUAUUUUUAACUAGAUCAUGAUCGGCUCUUCAUAUACUGUACAUAUCUGUGACCACUCUUGGGAGGGCUGCAGUCUUUAAUCAUGCUAUUUCAAACUGUUGUGAUAAAACGUUCUCUCCUUGUCCAAAUAAAAAGAAAAUUUAUUAAUAAGAGUGAAUGAAAUCUCCUUCUCUUAAUACCGUAUAAAACCUUGCAAAUAGGGAAUGCUUUUAUCAAGUCUCUCCUUUUCCUGUUCUGAUGGUGGCAUGUGGGUCUAAAAUUGUGUGUUUAACUUCUCAUGGCGAUUGUGUGUGUGUGUGUGUGUGUGUGUGUGUGUGUGUGUGGUUACCCAAGGACAGGUGGAUGUCCUACUCUGAAGAAAUGUGUGUAACUGGUAUUGUGUAUGUAUGUCCCCAGGCUGAAAGCUUGGUUCAAGAGUCAUAAUGGGGGGGACGGGGGACUGACAAAUGCUGCACAUGUUCAUGGUGGCUAGUUACCGAUGUGCAAAGUGGCUGUUAAAAUCAUGAGGUUAGAAAUGCAUAACGAAUGCUGGUUCUGCCUUAUUUCUUUUCAUAUAGUAGUAGUAGCAGCUCCCUACUACGAUUUACUAUGUUUAGUGAUAUCGGUUCUUUCACAUAUAUAUGUGUCUGUCUAUGUAUACAUGAAUUUAUAUGCAUACGCUACUACCUCAACUUGUGAUGUUCAGAUAAAACCAUGGUGUUAGUUAUUUGGAAGCUCUGAGAAGCUGAGCUUUCAAAGAAAUGUGUUGAACUUGUUUGAACUAAAACAUACUUCAUAAAUCUGUAGAGACCAAGUAUUCAUGGCCAGAUCCUGGCCUGAUAAUCAGUAUUAGAAAACUAGGCUGCCUGAAAGUAGUAUGGCACACUAAUGCUCUGAUGGAGUAGGAAGGCUGGGUUGUAACCAUGUGGCAUGGGGUGUUCCAGUUCAGACAGCGUCCUAAAUCUCAUGCAGCCUCCUUGAGAAUGUCCACAGUGAGCCAUGAUGCUGGUUUGUUAUUUGGAUCCCACAAGUCUGUUGCAAAACAAUACACAACAGAGUGCCAUUGCCCCUACCACCUUCUGUUGACUUGUUUUUGUAUUGUUUUUUCAGUGUGUCUAAUGGCUGGUAUGUUUCUGUAUUGAAGUGCUCUUUUUAUCCUUUUUAGAACUAUAGGCUCCUUUAUUCCUUGAGCGACAUAUUGGGCUUUUUAAAAAAAAAAUAUGGUUGUAUUCAUGCCUUGCUUUUUACUUGGAGUUUCAGUGGUUUCUCAUCCAAGGGUCUAUAGCUGCUUAACUUAACAAUGUUGCAGCAUCUGACCACUUGGUGCACCCCAUAUUGUCUAUUAGAAAGCACCACACUCUGGGAAAAAAAGCACACCCAAUUCUAAGUUCAUGCAGCCUUUUAAAAAAAUGUUUAAACCUGCAUUUGCUUUCAUAAGUGUUAGAAUAAAUGUACAGUGAUUAAUUCAA